AUGGCAGUGACACGGUCUUCUGGCGUGCAGGCCAAUGAUAAGACGCAGGCCAAUUUGACAAGCAAGAGCCGAGUGAACGGCUCUCUCUCUGCCGACCCCAGCAAGCAACGAGCCCAGCUACCGGAUACAACAGAUCGCCGACGUUGGCGAUUACGCGAUGAAGCCGGCUGUCAGACGUGGCAUUACCUCGAGGACGACGAGGAGGCGAAGAAGUGGCCGCAAAGCUUGGCUGACAAGUAUUUUCUCGGUCUGCCAAUGGACCUACCCGCCUUGCCCAAACCCAAGUCGCCGCUCGAUUCGGUGCGCAACGGCCUCGACUUCUUCGAAAAGCUGCAGCUGCCACCGGGCAACUGGGCGUGCGAAUACGGCGGGCCUAUGUUCCUUCUGCCGGGAAUCGUGAUUGCUUGGUAUGCAACGAAGACGCCGAUUUCUCAGGCUUAUGCCGUGGAGAUUAAGAACUAUCUCUUUGCCCGGGCGCACCCGGAAGACGGCGGAUGGGGUUUGCAUAUCGAGGGUGAGAGCACGGUGCUCGGAACGGCGCUCAAUUACACAACGCUGCGGAUCGUGGGGGUCGAAGCAGACCACCCGAAAAUGAUCCAAGCCCGUGCCACGUUGCAUAAGCUGGGUGGCGCGACUCGGUCGCCGCAUUGGACAAAGGUGUGGCUUUCUGUUCUCGGUGUUGCGCAGUGGGAUAUCGUGAACCCGGUCCCCCCCGAGCUGUGGCUUCUUCCUGACUGGGUGCCCAUUGCCCCUUGGCGCUGGUGGAUCCACAUGCGUCAGGUGUUCCUGGCCAUGUCAUACAUGUACUCGAAGAGGUGGUCGUGCGAGGAGACGGAGCUCAUUCGGGAACUGAGGAACGAGCUGUUUGUAGAGAACUGGGGCGAGAUCAACUGGGCCGCGCACCGGAACUCUAUUGCCGGUGUUGACAACUACCAUCCGAAGUCCUGGCUGCUCAACUCGGCAAACUGGCUGUUGGUCAACGUGUGGAAUGCGUAUCUGCGCCCCGGUUUCAUCAAGACACGGGCAGAGCAGUGGGUGAGCGAUCUGAUCGACAUGGAGGACGAGAACACGGACUAUGCAGAUCUUGCCCCGGUCAACAACCCGAUGAACCUGGUGUGUUGCUACAUCCGGGAUGGGCCGGACUCGAACUCUGUCAAGAUGCACCGGAAGAGACUGCACGAGUUUCUGUGGGUCAAGGACGAGGGCCUGCUGUGCAAUGGGACGAACGGCGUGCAGUGCUGGGACACUGCGUUUGCCAUCCAGGCGAUAAUGGAUGGCGGUCUCGAGACGGAGGAGCGGUGGAAGCCGAUGCUGACCAAGUCGCUGGAGUUUCUGGACGACCAGCAGAUACGGGAGGACAGCAUACACCAGGACCGGUCGUACAGGCAACGACGGAAGGGUGCGUGGGCGUUCAGCACGAAGCUUCAGGGCUACGCGGUCAGCGACUGCAUAUCGGAAGCGCUCAAGUCGGUGAUUCUGCUGCAGAAAACGGAGGGAUACCCGCAGCUGAUCGAUGACCAGCGGAUUUUUGACGCGAUCGACACGGUACUGACGUUCCAGAGCAAGUCGGGCGGCUGCGCAUCGUACGAGCCGCCGCGGCAAGGAGAAUGGAUGGAGAUUCUGAACGCGGCAGAGGUGUUUUCGAAGAUCAUGGUGGAGUACGACUACCCGGAAUGCACGACGGCGGUGGUGACGGCGCUGUCGCGCUUCCACAAGCACUGGCCGAACUACCGGGCAGCGGAGAUCGACAGGGUGAUCAGGCGAGCAGUCGGCUGGAUCAAGACGGCCCAGCUUCCAGACGGCAGCUGGUACGGCAGCUGGGGCAUCUGCUUCACGUAUGCGACAAUGUUUGCACUUGAGAGCCUUUCGAGCAUUGGGGAGAAGUACGGGAGCAGUGGGCAUGCGAAGAGAGCGUGCGAGUUUCUGGUGUCGAAGCAGCGCGCGGACGGCGGCUGGUCGGAAAGCUACAAGGCGUGCGAGCAGAUGGAGUACAUUGAGCACCCGUCCGGGUCGUUGGUUGUGCAGACGGCGUGGGCACUAAUAGGGCUCAUGCAGGCUGAGUACCCGGACGUUGAGCCAAUCAAGGCGGGGAUCAGGCUGAUCAUGGGACGGCAGCAGGCUAACGGGGAGUGGCUACAGGAGGCGAUUGAGGGGGUGUUCAACAAAAGCUGCAUGAUUUCGUAUCCGAACUACAAGUUUGUAUUUCCGAUGAAGGCGCUGGGGAUGUUUUCGCGCAAAUACCCGAAGGAGAGCAUAGCCGUGUAG